AUGGCCGCACUCGCAGCCAAACCUCGCUACGUCUACACCCAGGAGAUCGCCUCGAUGGUCUUCGUCUGCACCGGCAUCAAGGACGCCGAAGACGACCUCGCCCAGUUCCUCGAGGACGUCGUUCGCUCCGAGAUGGCUGAACUCGUCACUCAAGCUCGCGCCCAGGCGACCCGUCGCGCAACACGCACCAUCGCCGUCGAGGACCUCGUCUUCCUCGUGCGCCACGACCGCGCCAAGGUCAACCGCCUGCGCAGCUACCUCAGCUGGCGCGACGUGCGCCGCAAGCUCAAGGAGCCCAACGAGGCCGACGACGAGAUCGACGGCAUGGAGGAACCCGUCUCGGACAAGACGCUCAAGGUGGUCAAGAACACGGUGCGGCUCCCGUGGGAGCUGAGCGACGCCUGGGUCGACUACCUCGGCGGCGAUGACCACGAGUCGCACGAGGACCACGAGGCCGACGCGUACGAGGUCAACAAGCAGCGCCUCCGCGAGGCCGACGAGGUGACGAGGUGCAUGACGAGGGACGAGUACGAGGUGUACGCCCAGGCGAGGCAGGCCUCGUUCGUGUACAAGAAAAGCAAAAAGUUCCGCGACUUUCUCUCGCUCCCCUCGCUCCUCGACACGGUCGCGCCCCUCUCGGACGAGGUCAUGGAUGUCCUCGGCUUCCUCGCAUACGAGUGCGUGCGCGCCCUGUGCGACGCCGGCAUUGCGCACGGCCGCGUCGAGCGCGAGGCCGAGCGGCGCAGGGAGGCGCGCGAGGAGCGGAAGCGCAGGAGGGAGGAGGAGGACGAGGCGAGGGAGAAGGGCGGGCAGGGGAGGGAGGGCGACGAGGACGGGGCCGGGUCGCCCAAGAAGGUCAAGGAGGACGGCGACGGCGGCAAGGGCGCCGCUGCGCCGCCGAGGAAGGGCCUCGAGGCGCCGACGACCAUCGCUUCGCCGCCCUCGCCGGCGCGCAAGACGCUCGAGAUCCCGACCUCGCUCUUCUCCGCCCCUCUCCCGACCGCCGACGUCGUCGUUCCCGUCCUCGCCGCCUCUGCCGCCGCCGGCAAGGACGGCAAAGCCGCCGCAGAAGGCGACGCCGCCGAUCCUUCCUCGACGGCCACCGCCGCCGCCGCAGCACCAGCGCCAGUCCAGCUCCAGCUGCAAGACGUCGCGCAGGGGUACCACGCGGUGCAGCAUACGCAGGGUGCGCUCAAGAUGGGCGGCAUGCGCAACUGGCGGGGCGGUAUCGCGAGAUUGUCGAACCGGCUCCUCGGCUGA